AUGGCCGCGCUGCACAAGCUGUCGAAACUCUCAGGCCCGCACUGCAUCCUCCUGGCCGUGCACUAUGCCGCUCACGCAAAUACACCUGCGCUCCAGGCCUUGACGGCUCUGCGCGACGGCGACCUGCCACUGGAGUUGAGCCUGAGCAUCCUCCUCGCAUACCUGCCAGAGCAGCAUGACCCGGCCUCAUACUACCACCUCCUUGCCGGCCUGGCCACGGGCGCCCGCGAGCCUGGCGACAACCCGGCAGACGCCCUCGAUGUCGCGCCUGUUGAGCAGCUCUCGGAUGCGCGCGCCCGUAAGAAGAGGCAAUCGCUGGUGCUGCCACCUGUAGCCCAUCCCUUGUAUGCGGCCGACCGCGACAUGGACCUCUUCACCCACUUCCUCAUCCACCGCUCCCACCGUAUCGAUGCCCAGACAGGCCUGCUAGAUCUCGUCCCGCGCCUCGUCGUGCCCUUCCUCGACCACUCGGAGCACUUGCGUACCUGGUUCAUCUCCACUGCUCUGCCCCUCCUGCGCCUCAGCUACGAGUACUAUCCACACUUGCCUCCACCCACCCUCGACGACUUUGCCGCACUCAAGGGGCGCCGUGCCGUUGACUUGCAGCUUUCGAAUGCAUGCAAUGCCAGUACAGAUAACAUACACAAUGUCGCGCGUGAUCUCAAGGGGGUUGUUGCCCCUUGGCUAUGUGGAGCCCACGACCGUAGUCGGCGCAUCUCCGUGAACCAGGAUCGGCGCGGAUCAAUUGACGAUGAGCGGCCACACGUACCCGACGACUGGGACUGUUUGUUCCAAUGGCUACUGCAUACCUCAAAAGAUCACUUGACCCUGGUCACAACAGCCAUUACUGAAUGGGACGGCCCCGAGGACAUGGAUUUGGGGGGUUAUGAACAGGGGCGCGACUAUGUCGACGAUGCCCAGCAACGCCAGCUCGAGAUCAAGUACGCACGUACAGCUCUAGCAUGUCUCUACCUGAUUCACCAGAGCGACAUCAACGCUCUGCAAACUGCGCACACGCUGUUGGAUCGGAUAUGUACACUACUCAACUACGAUCCGCCCCCAGACCUCAAUACAAGCGUGGACAAAUUGCCUUCUUACGAUCUCAAGAACCCGCUGCUCCAUGAUUCAACCAUUGCCCUGCUGAAGGAGGAGCGCCUUCUGCAUCCCGACAACGACCUUACUCAGCCAGGCCCUGAUGCGUUUCGUGUCCUGGAACUGAUUAUAUUCACUUCAUAUACCCUCUUUACAUUACAUCAUCCGGUCUCUAUCCGAGACGUUGCAAAUAUGUCUCUGCGGGAUGACUACUCUGAGCAAAUGUCCAUGUUGCAGAAAAUACUUCAUACACUCAACAGCAACUCCAAGAGCGACAGCGAACAGUGGCGCAUCAUCCGAUCGAAGCUGGUAUGGCUGUGGAAUUGGGGUACUGACCGCCACGAUGAAGAUCGCAAGGCCCAAGGCAUCUUCGGUAUGCUAGAUAGCAAGACCAUGGAGACAGAAAUAUUGAAAGCGCUCCUCGAGAGCAACUACUUCCCUCUUGCCAUAGAAAUCUAUCUUAAGCCAUCCUUUGGCCAGCAACCGCUACUUUCCUCUGAUGUAGAGAAAGUGGUGCUCGCCUCAGCCAUGCAUCACUACGACAAUGCAAGCAACGGGAAUCGCAAUAGGGGCGGUGUCAAACGCGCCGCUGACAUCCUAAAUGCCUUUUCUCCUCAUUUCCCCUCUUCUUCGCGGUUUCGACGUUUCCAGGCUCUGCUUUCAGCAACCCACGCCAUGUCCUUUUACUCACUCAUACUCCAGCAUGGUGUACCUUUUCAACCGGUCAAUAUUAGAGUUGGCUCGAAUCCUCUAUCUUUGGUUCGAAAGCUAUUGUCGCAAAAUAGUGGUAGUUACACAAAGCUGGACGACCUAGUGUCGAUUGGACAGAACCUGGUCAUCGCAAUGCCGUCCACUCUCAUGGACGAAGAAGAGUGGGACACUGCGCUUGACCCCGCAGAGAUCGAAGGGAAGAAAGCGGCUGCCGAAAGACGAGUGAUUGGAAUGGCGAUCGAGGCUGCUCUUGAGGAAGAUGAUUUCGAGACUGCAUAUUCAUACGUGAUUACCCGGCUGACGCCGAGUACUCCCGCAGGCACUCCCCCAACGCCGGCUCACUAUUUCCCAACCACGUCAGAAGAUGCCGAGAACCACGAAGACGAAGCUGAGGAUGUUGCCUGGCGGGCUGCCCUACAUGCUGGACGUUACAACUCCUCAUCUCUGUCCAGCAGUUGGUCGCAGGCCACUAAAACAGCGAGACCGGACCUAAGGAGACUGGAGCAACGCAUGGAGUUACUUUCACAAGCGCUACUAUUAGCACCACCUAAACAUCUUGAAGAGGUUCUUUGUGUAUGGCAGCAGUGUGAAGCUGAAACAAUACAUCUUCUCACUCAAGAGAAUGAAGCUGAAGAGCGCUUCAAUGAUGCAGCCGACCGAAAACUGCCUGGUACAUUUGACAUGGAAGCAACCACUGUACAGCCUCGUCGUGAAGUCGGCAGGGGUGCAGUCGAAGAGGCACCGAUGGGUCUAUUUGAUGUUGCACGUGGCGCUGCAGCUGCAUUUUCCAAGACCGCCUUCCCCCUGCGUGGAAGUGCAGAGGCUGCAUCGAAUCCAAAGGUUGGCUCGGGUCGAGCUAGUCUGGACGGAAGUGAGACUGGUAGCAUCGAUGCUCAAGAGCGUGUUCGGAGGAGGGAUAUGGUGACCAAUGCCGCGACAGGGGCGCUCGCCUCCGGCAUUGGAUGGAUGCUGGGUGCAAAACCAGUCUCCGAGUGA